CGCCGACUUACUCCUACUUACGUCUCCUCCUCUACGCAUUAUUCAUUCAUUUCGACAUAAUUACAUACACAUACCAUAUACACACGUUCAUACAUACCUACCGUGAAUCCCAUUUGACCCUCGUACACUCCCUCUCCGCUCCAUACAUCCCAGAAAGUGACGGACGAUCGAGUGACAGCUACACCCUACAUUCACACCCCAUCACCGUGAGAAACAUGGCAGACACCAACGUUGAGCCCGGUGCGCCCUCUGCGAAAGCAACAACAUCGUCACUGUCGCCAGCCAACACCUCGCCCUCAGAGCGACCUUCCACCGCGGCAGGCGAUGUCUCCAAACCCAGCAGCAGCAAUCCCCCCAAAAGCAGCCCAUCCGCAUUGGCACAAAUAGACCGUUUGCUCCUCCGAUUGAACAAACUCCUAGCCAGCCCCGGCGGCCUCUCCUCUUUCCUCUCAACCUUCAACUAUACCCUCUACCUAAUCAUCCACCUACAAUCCAAGUCCCAUGCGCUCACCUCCCUCACCCGCCGCCUCAUCUCGCACCUCACCUCGCGACCCUACACUCCCAUCCCAGCCGUCGUGUCCGCGACACCCACCGGCGCCGCCGCCCUCGCCGCCCUCAUCAGCCGCGCGCGCACCACCCUCCGCCUCUUCGGCACCCUCCCCCUCUACGCAUGGCUCCGCACGCUGCUGUCCAACGGCCCGAAGCCCGGCGCCGAUAAAGUCCUGCACGGCAUCGCCAUCACCCAGUGUCUGUCCUACCUGACGUACCAGGCGCUCGAGAACGUGUGUUUCCUCGCGGACAACGGCGUGGUUCCGAAGCGCGUCAUCGCGGCGUUGAAUCGGGGCAACCCGGCGACGGAGAAGGUGUAUCUUGUCGGGUACCGGGCUUGGUUGGCGGGGAUAUCGUGUGAGUUCUUGAGGUUGGGCAGGGAGGCGCAGGUGGAGAGGAGGAAGAGGGCGGAGAGGGUUGCGGGAGAGGGCGGGAAGGGCGUCGCGGAGUACGAGGCGGCGGAUAAGAGGUUCGAUAGCAAGUGGUGGAUGGAUGCGAUGAUUGCGUCUGCGUGGUUCCCUAUGGCGUUGCAUUUGAGUAAUUUGACGGGCGGCGUGCCCGGGUGGAGUUAUGGGUUUAUGGGGGCUUGUGGAUUGGUUGCUGGCGGGCAGAGGGCACAGGGUUUGUGGCAGGCGACGUUGCAUCCUUGAGUCUGAGGGUCAAUGGAGAGGUGUUGAUAGAAGAGGAGAUGGUAUAAACUGGUGUGAGUUCGGACGUGAGCGAAGUAUAUACCGCGACGUACAUAGAUACAUCCAUCCGACAUGUAGAUUGUUACUCCACACAACCCUGUCCAUUCAACAACAGGACCAGAGAGUACAUCGGAUCUUUUCCUGUGGCUACUUACAUACAUAUCAUGACACCAUGAACAUAAAAAAACCUGUUUCAAAGCCUC